AUGAUUUCAUCUUUGGCACCCCACAAUUACUCAGAAAUCCUAGGAGAUUUGGCACAUGAGAAAGGAUUGCAUUGUCAUUUAAAAAAAAGAUUAGUUGAAGUUCAACAUCAUAAAUUCAUCUUUGAAGAUGUUGAAACGAAAGAACAAUAUACCUCUGAUUAUGAUUUCUUGCAUAUUCUGCCACCUUAAAAACCAGCUGCAUUCAUUGCUGAAAGAGGAUUAGGUGAUUCAGAUGGGUAUGCACAUGUCCAUCCAAACACACUCCAACAUCUACGUUAUGCUAAAGUCUGGGCCUUGGGAGAUUGCUCCUCACUUCCAACAUUCAAAACUGCUGCUGUGAUGGCCCAAACUCCUAUUCUUAUUAAAACCUCAUCAGAACUUGGAAAUUAAAGUAGUAUUGAAAUUAAGAUACACUCAAGGUUAUAUACCUCUUGUCCUUUCUACGCUUCCAAUAAGAAAGUGAUGAUCGCUGAAUUCAAAUACAACAAACAAUUAGAUGAAAGAUCCCAGUCUUUUAAUUGUCAAACAGUAAAGCCAUGUAUUUAUUGAAGAAGCAUUUCUUCCCAUUUGCAUAUUGGCAUUUGAUGGUUAGAGGUCUUUGGGGAGGAUGAGAAGGAAUAAGAUUAUUCAAAGGAGUUUGAAUAGAUCCUCAUAUCGUUUAAAUAUAAUAUUAAGUUAA